AUGAUAAGGACAAUCAAGCCCAAGAGCGCACGUUCCAAAAGAGCAUUAGCUAAAAAGGAAGCCAAGCUAGUGGAAAACACCAAAUCGGCAUUGUUUGUACCCGGUGCAACAGGGAACAAGCUCCUCCAUGAUGCCAUGUGCGAUUUGAUGGCGUUAAAGAAACCUUUUGCAAAGAAAUUUUCCAAAAAGAACGAGAUUAGACCGUUUGAAGACAACUCACAGUUGGAGUUUUUCGCUGAGAGGAAUGACUCCUCGUUGAUGGUUUUCUCGACACACAAUAAAAAGAGACCCAACACGUUGAUAUUCACGAGGUUUUUUAAUCACAAAGUAUACGACAUGAUUGAGUUGUCGAUCCAGCUGCUGAAUUAUAAGCUCAUCCAGGAUUUCAAAAAAUUGACCUUCACGAUUGGGUUGAAACCCAUGUUUGUUUUCAAUGGCCCUGCAUUUGACAGCCACCCCGUGUAUCAGCACAUCAAAUCCUUGUUUUUGGACUUUUACCGUGGCGAAGAUACCGAUUUGCAAGAUGUGGCGGGUCUACAAUGCGUCAUUGCGCUUUCGGUGGGGGAAAUCGAAGAUGUCAAUAACGAAAAAGAUCUACCCAUGGUGAACUUUAGAGUCUACAGACUCAAGACUUUCAAGUCGGGCCAAAAAUUGCCCAGAGUGGAAUUGGAGGAAAUCGGACCAAGAUUCGACUUUAAAGUUGGAAGAAGAGUCGAGCCAGCGCCAGAAGUGGAGAAGGAAGCUCAUCGCAAACCCAAGCAGCUCGAGCCGAAGGAGAAGAAGAAUGUCAGCACGGAUUUCAUGGGUGAUAAAGUUGCUCAAGUCCACGUUGGAAAACAGGAUUUGAGCAAAUUGCAAACUAGAAAGAUGAAAGGUUUGAAGGAAAAGUAUGACCAAGUCAGCGAGGGCGAAGAAGAGGAUGAUGAUGUAUAUGUUUCGGAUGAGGAGUAUUUUGCCAAUGAUGUAGAAGAACCUGAACCAAAGAGGCAAAGGAAAUAA